AUGUCAGAAAACAAUUUUCAUCCAGUGCAAAUGUUAUGCUUCUUUAAAGAAACUGAGAUAUCAAUACCUCAAAUCUAUCGCGAAAUUGAACACACAUUGAGUAUGGUGCGUGCAUUGUUGAAGCAGUACCAAGAACAAACAAAUGAAUACGGCAGAUUCAACUUGGAAUGGUUCAACAGAUAA